UACUCCCUCCUUGAGGCUCUAUUCUUUGUCAUACGUAACUCCUUAUGCUCUGAAUCUUCCCCUGUGUUUCUAUUCCUGUUCUGUUUCCUUUGGGGGCUCUUUUUAAAAUUCAUUGCCUAAAUGUGGGUGUUCUCAAGGUUGCAUUCUUGACCUUAAUCUAUAAACAUGAUAUAUUCCAUUCCCCUGAUUUCAUCUCUUAUCUGUAUGCUUAUGACCUUUCUGUCAAGCACUAGACUCAUAUAUCCAAAUGGCAGCUACUGCUGCACUUGGAUACCUCAUAGCCGUUUCAGAUCCACUCAGUCAUUCAAAGUAGAAACCUGUAGUUAACUAUAUAUCCCCCAAACCAUGUUCUUCACUUUCUGCAUUUAAUGAAGCACCAAGCCAUUACUGUUUUACCUCCUGUAUAUUACUGUUCCCUUAUCUUCAGCUCUGCUUUUCCCACAUUAGUUCAGGCUCUCAACAUCUUUCCUAGAGCUUUGCUACUCAAAGUGUGAUUUGUGGCUAGCAUCACAAGCAUCACUUGGAAUCUUGUUAGAAAAAAGAAUCUCAGGCCUCACUGCAGACUUACUGAAUCAUAAUCUUCAUUUUUAAAAGAUCCCUAGGGGAUUUGUACUCACAAAAAAUUUUGAGAAGCAUUGUUCUAGAAUAUUGCCACAACAUCCUAACUACUCUCCUUGCCAUCAGUUUUGUCUCCCCAAAUCCACCCUCAGUUUAACUACUAGCGUGUUUCACCUAAGUGUACAUCUUUGCAUGUCAUUCCCCUGCUUAAAAAUCCUUGUUUCUCUAUUUUCUAAGGAUAAUUAUGUGGGUCAGAACCUGCAAACUGCUUAUAGUUUCCAGAAACUAUUACACCAUUGUUUUUAUCUCUGUGUCCUUCUUCAUGCUGCCAUUUGGCCUGGAACAUCUUCGUGUCCCUCUUCUCUUGACUAACUUCUUCUCAUUUUUUAUCAUGCUACUUCCCUGGAAGCCUUUUCACUUCCUUCAAGGCUUAUCUUCUGUGCUUCCUUAACCUGCAUAUCUAAUUCUCUCUCCUUGUGUCUUUAUCUCCCAUUAGAGUGUAAAUUCUUUGAGGGAAGGGACUUCAUCUAACUCAUCUAUAUUCCCAGUACUAGAGAUAGAAACUGGCACAGAGUAGGCCUACUUCGAUAGAGAUUAGUUUAAUGUAUGAAUCAGUGAAGAAUUAGUCUUUAUAUAUUGAGUGCUAACUCUAUGUUUGUACUGUUAAGUUUGCUACUUAAUGUGAUUCAACAUAUUCCCCCUAAGUUACAUACAGAUGUAUGUUUUUAUCUAGGAAUUUAAAGAAUGUUGAUUUAGGCAAGUAUAGAAAUAGAAGUGGUAGGGCUUCUGAAAGGAGCAGAUGUUUGGAGAAAUGAUAAACUUCCACUUAUUAGGGUAUUUUUCCUAUUGCUGUGCUGAGGCUUAUCUGAAGGAAAUGGCUUCUAGUUUAGUGGCAUUAGGUAAAUUAGAACUGAGAAGUGUGUCAGUUAUGAGAAGUGUGUGCACUCUGGUCACUUCUGAAAGGAGGGUCAUUUUAGCACUCUGAAGUUUCAAGGUUAUUAGAAUGAGAGAAGGAGGAUUUCGGUGAAAUUUUCAACUGGCCAGGGAGUGGGUACUAAUCAUCAGCAUAAUUUACUCCAGUCAUCAAAAUCAUUUUACACUAGCCUCUGAAGCUAGAGCUCAAAGUACAGAUUUUCAACCCUGCCUUGACUAUUUCAUUUUGAGAACAGUAAACAUUGGAGGAUUAAAAAAUGGCUGGAGAAUUUAAAUUAGUUAAUGAGAAUUUUAAAGAACAGCAGCAGAAGAAGCUUAUAUUAUAAGUGAGCAAGUGGUAAGACAAAAACAAUUCAACAUGUGCCACCUUCACUAUUUUUACUCUUCACCCAUUUUUCUCCUUUCUGUCUCUGCCUUCUUUUCUAUCUUCUAUUAUUUAUAUGUUUCUGCUAUAUCUAAUCUCUUCCUCCUUUUCUUCAUCAUUCUUAUUGCUUUGUUCACGUCCCUCAUCCAGCCCAGAUCUUUAUUAGCACAGGAAUGGCUACCAUAACGAUAUGGAACUAAAGGUUGUUAUGAGCAUGCAGAGUCCUAGAUUUAGUCCUCAGCUUUGCAAGAAGUUCAAAAUCUUCAGGUUGAUCAGCCUCAAAUCAGGGACUCACCAAACCAAAAUUGGAAGAUGCUGAUAAAUAACCAAGGAACUGGAAAGGUAUUCACUUAGUGUAUUUUCUACGCAUUCUCUGACAAUAGUUAGCUGGGGUAUUGUUAAAAUAUAAAUUCACUAUCUCAGUGAAUCAUAUUCUCCAUUCUCUAGAGGAGAGUUCUGGGUAUCUACAUUUUCAACUAACUUUCCAGGUGAAUCUUAUCUGAGAAUUCUGGUAAACAUUGUAGCUUAAGAUAAUAUAUUGUCAUUCUGGUAAUACUGAUUUAUGGUAGAAGGAGAAAUGAUGUAUUUCCAGUUUCCAGGUUUUUAAAAAAAAACCUUAUCAUCUAGUGUAUUCUCUUUUUGCUAUCAAGAAUAUGAGAAACCAAAGUAUAAUCAGAAGUGACUUGGUAAACACAAAAUCAGAGCACAGGAGGAGAGGAUAAUUUUGAAGAAUCAUUCAUUAAGACUUUGACAUAACCCGUUGAGCUCUCCUGGGCCCACCACAGAGUAUAUGUCAAUAGUAAGCGGAGUCCUCAUGUUAUUCAAAGUCAGAAUCUUUCUUUUCCCUCGACCGUAGUCUCCUGUUUCUAUGAAUAAUCAUUGUUUGAACAAGGCCAGUACACUUAGUAGUGAUUAAUUUUGUGUCCUUUAAAUGAUUAAGUUGCUGUUUCAUUUAAAAAGAUGGCCUUGCCUGACCCUAAAAUCUCUGCAGCCAUCAAUUUAUUGCCUCUUCCUUAGGGUGGGAUUGUUUUUAUAUUUAGCUUAUUAAGUUUAUUAAUUUGCUGCUUCUGACCAAAGAGAAGGUGAAAGGAUGAUAAGAUUAAGAAAAUAGAAAUUAAUCUAUUUCCUGCUUCCAAUUCUACCUAAGAAUAAGAAUAGAGAAGUAGCUGUAUACCUAUUCUAUAGUUCUUGACACUUAUGAAGUGAUAACUAGUAGUUUUGUCUAGAAUUUUGCUUUCAAUAUUUAUCCUGAGAGUGGAGCUCACUGAACCUCUGUCCUUUCUAAAAUCUGUCUGUGGAAAUUACUUUUGGUAAACUAAUGUACUACAGUGAUUUCAAGUAAGAGAGUAAAAAUUUGUUUUUAUUUGUAUUUAAUAUUUUGGGAUGUUUCAGAUUUUAGUUGGUAGAAAGAGAAUUAGGGGCAAACAAAAAGAGGUUGGUUGAGAGAUUAAGAGGCAAAAAUUGAUUGGGCAUGCUAAAUGUGAAGUGUCUGGUGCACUUCUGCAUAGCAACAAUAAGCAGGCAGAUAGUAGUUUCUUAGGAAAGAGGCCAAGGCUAGAGAAGCAAUGCUGUGUAGUGUAACGAAUUCUGGGCUCUAAAUUAAGAGACAUGGGCUCUGAGAGGCUCUCUCUAUUAUGAACGGCUCUGUGACUUUGACCAAGUCAUUUGACAUCUCUGGGCCUUAUAUUUAAAUUGAAGAAGUUAAAGUAGUUGAUCUCUAGUUAAUUCCUGUCCAGCUAUAUGAUUCUAAGUCUAUUCCUAUUGACCUUCUUAACUUGUACUCUUUUUUUCAGCGUUUAGUAUGAGAACCUACGUUUGUCAUAUUUGUAAUAUCACCUUUACAUCUUUAGAAAUGUUCCGGUCCCAUAUGCAAGGAAGUGAACAUCAAAUUAAAGAAUCUAUUGUUAUCAAUCUAGUGAAGAAUUCAAAGAAGCCACCAGACUCUUACCAAGAUGAAUGUACAGAUUACGUCAAAGUACAGAAAGCCAGAGGACCAGAACCAAAGACUUGUUUCAGAAAGAUGGAAGAGAGUUCUUUGGGAGCCCGUGGGUAUAGAGAAGUGGUCGAUUCCAGAUACAGACAUAGAAUGUUUGAACAAAGACUCCCAUGUAAGACUUUCCAGACAUACCCAGGAUCAUACAGUAUUUCACAAACCGUGGAAAACCAGUUACCUCAUUGCUUACCAGCUCACUCAAAGAAGAUGUAUGACUCUUUCCAAGAUGAACUGGAAGAUUACAUCAAAGUGCAGAAAGCCAGGGGACUUGAUCCAAAGACUUGUUUCAGAAAGAUAAGAAAGAGCUCUAUGGAAUCCCAUGGGUACAGAGAAGUUGAUUCUGGACCCAGACCAAGAAUGUGGGAGCAAAGAUUUUCACUUGAGAAUUCCCAGACCUACCAACAACCAUACAAUAUUUCACCAGUGGAAAACCAACUACAUCAUUGGUUACCAGCUCAUUCAAAGAGGACAUAUGACUCUUUCCAAGAUGAACUUGAAGAUUAUAUCAAAGUGCAGAAAGCCAGAGGACUAGAGCCAAAGACUUGUUUCAGAAAGAUAACUGAUAGCUCUGUGGAAACUCACAAAUACAGAGAAAUGGUUGAUUCCAGAUCUAGAUAUAGAAUGUUUGAACAAAGACUCCCAUGUGAGACUUUCCAGACUUACCCAGGAUUAUACAAUAUUUCACAAACAGCAGAAAACCAGUUACCUCAUUGCUUACCAGCUCAUGACAGCAAACAGAGAUCAGACUCUAUGACUUACUGUCAACCCACCAGAGACUAUUUCCCAGAAAAACCAGUACCCCUGAGCCUUAGUCAGCAGGAAAAUAACUCUGGCCCAUACAGUGUAGAAUCUGAAGUUUACAAGCACCUCUCCUCAGAAAACAAUACCAGUGACCAUCAAUCAAGUCAUAAGCGGAGACAUCAGAAGAGAAGAAGGCACCUGGAGGAAGGCAAAGAAAGGCCAGAGAAGGAGCAGUCCAAACAUAAAAGGAAAAAGAAUUGUGGGGAUACAGAUUUAGACAAGGACAAGAGCAUCCGACAAAGUAAAAGAGAGGAAGAUAAAGUCAGUGUCAGUUCAGGAAAGCUUAAGCAUCGAAAAAAGAAAAAAAGUCAUGGUGUACCCUCUGAGAAGGAAGAACGUAGGCACAAGAAAGAGAAAAAGAAAUCUGUUGAGGAAAAGACAGAAGAGGAAAUGCUUUGGGAUGAGUCUAUUCUUGGAUUUUAAACUUUUAGCUUUGUUUACUUAAGGAGAAAUCGGUUAAGAAUAGGGAAAUUUAGACAAAGACGGGAACAUCCAAUGAAGAAAAAGGUGGAUACAGCCUGUGUCAGUUUAGGAAAGCUUAGUUUUUUGUGUGUAAAAAUUGAAAUUAAAUUGAAAGAAGAGAUAAACAAGCUUAAACCUUGAAGAAAGAAGAACAGAAGACCACAAUAAGAACAUAAGAGAAAAGGAAGCCUAUUGAAGAAAAGACAAAAGUGUCAGUGCUUUGGGUGGAAUCUUCUCUUGGAUUUUGAAGUUUUCAGUUUUGUUUCCUUAAGGUUGAAUUGAAGAAAUAAGUUGAAGAGCUGCAUUUUAUGAAAUUCAUGUUAUUUAAAUUUUCCUAAGUGGACAGUUACUUUAACUGCUAACAAAAGCCAAGUGAAGUAAAAGUAUUCAAUAUGCCUUUUCCUCAAAUUAUUUUUCCUCAUUUCUUAACAUGAAAGAAAAGUUACAUGUUUCUUACAUAUAAUUUUCCUUAAUGAGGCUGUCUCUACUCCUAUUCAUCAAAUUGCUGUGAUAGUGAAUUAUUUACCUAUGGGAGAUAAUUUAUUUUAAAUGAGAGAAUUACCAGGCAUUAUAGAAUCCAUCCCUUGUUUCGGUUUGUGUUAGUGUUGGUGGUACUUUACUGUUGUUGUUGUGUGUUUGUUUAUGUUUCUUGGUUUUCUCCAGGGAAAAUGUGUGAAGUGAUUUAGACUGAUUUUUGUUUGUUUGUUUGUUAAAUCUAAUUUGCAGUGUAUUUUUGUACUUUCUAGUUCUGAAAGUGGAAAAUGAAACAGUCUAUAAUAAACUUAGAUGAUAUAUAGUUUUAAAAAGCUCUCAAAAGUACUGAAAAAAAUCAGUCUAUAUUCUGGAAAUGUUUAUAUUAAAGUGUUUUAAUUUCUACAUACUUGUUUUAUGUAAAUGAUCAUUUCCCAGCUAGUUAUUAUUUUAUUUUGAGAGUGAGAGGGGAAAUAAUUAAACAGUUUGCACCUCUGGGAAGAUCUGACUAUAAAGUUGUAAUAAUUUCAUUUCUCCUACAUAUUGCUUAGAAGGCUGAUAUUCAGACUUGAGCUCAGUUUUAAGUUAGAAAAAUAAAACCAAUUAAAUACUUGAAAC